AAGCGGUUUCGUUACAGAAAACACCCACUGAUACAGAUAGGAACAGAACAGAUCGCUACAAACUGCAAAAGUAAAUAAAGAUCGAGAUGGAAGGGUUGCUUACUGCUUACCAAUGUAUAGAUGGGAUGAACUGAACAAUUUCUUCAAAAUGGCUAGGAUAAGGGAGUCUUUGUUACAAAAGAAAGUACAGGGGUCUUUGUAAUUUACCCUUUUUUCUAGAUCCCGAGAACUGAAGGGAAAAUCUAAGUGAGAGAAGAGAGGGAGAAAAGCUUGUAGCAAUUGUCAUUCUUGAUGCACUCGAGUUUUCUGUGGAAGAUGAUAAUCAACGUGAAGGAGUCGACUACGGUGGGCCCAGCAGAGCCUACACCAGAGCGGACACUAUGGAUCUCUAACGCAGACCAGCUGGUGCGAAGAGCUCACAUUCCCACUGUUUACUUCUUCACCUCCGAUGGUUCUACCGGCUUCUUCAACCUUCAUCUUCUUAAACAGGCUUUGAGCAAGGUUCUUGUGCCUUUCUAUCCCACUGCCGGAAGGCUGAACAGAAAUGAUCAGGAUGGUCGGCUUGAGAUCAACUGCAAUGGCGAGGGCGUGUUAUUCGUUGAGGCCGAAACAAAUUCCGUUAUCGAUGAUUUCGGUGACUUCACACCUUCUCCAGUACUCCGGCAGCUCAUUCCGGCCGUGGAUUACAGCAAAGACAUCUCUUCUUAUCCUCUGCUUCUCUUACAGGUAACUCGAUUCAGGUGUGGUGGAGUUUGUCUUGGAGUGGGCAUGCACCACUCGCUGGUGGACGGAACUUCCGACAUCCACUUCAUCAAUUCAUGGUCAGACAUGGCGCGUGGCCUUCAACCCAAAAUCCCACCCUUCUUAGAUAGAUCCUCGCUACGCGCGCGUCAACCACCCACACCUAUGUUCCAUCAUAUCGAGUUUCUUCCCCCUCCAUCCAUCAAAACCCCUAAAUCCCAAUCCGGUCCCACGGAUGUUGCUGUGGCCAAGUUCAAGAUCACCGUUGAUCAAAUCAACACCCUGAAAACCAACGCCAAAGAAAAUGACAACACUCUCAACUACAGCACCUACGCGGUACUCGCUGGACACGUUUGGCGCUGUGUGAGUAAGGCACGCGGCCUCCGUGAUGAUCAAGAUACCAACCUCUUCAUCACCGUUGAUGGACGGUCCAGGUUGCGGCCCCCACUCCCUCCGGGUUACUUUGGAAAUGGGAUCUUGUUAACUACAUCGAAUGCCUUGUGCGGUGAGCUCCGGUCCAAGCCCCUAGGAUACGCUGUGGGAAGAGUCCAUGAUGUGGUGACCCGGAUGAACGACGAAUACGUGAGAUCAGCCAUUGAUUAUUUGGAGUUGCAGCCUGAUCUGACGCCCUUCGUACGUGGGCCCCACAUGUUCCGAAGCCCUAAUUUCUGGAUGGUGAGCUGGGCUCGACUGCCACUGUAUGAUGCAGAUUUUGGGUGGGGCCGCCCCAUCCAUGUAGGCCCCGCUGUUGUCUACUCUGAAGGUCUGUCUUAUAUCCUACCUAGCCCGACCAAUGAUGGCAGCGUGUUAUUGGCCAUUUCAUUGCAAUCUGAUCACAUGGAAGUCUUUCGGAAGAUAUUGUAUGAUUUUUAGUUUUAGGGAGAACGGAUGGACCUGCCAAAGCGCUUUGUUUGCAAAUCUUCUAAAUUCAGUUUGGUAUCUAUGUGCUUCUAAUUGUGAUUUGCACUCUUAUAUGAUAUAAAUUUUUGUACUUA